GGAUGGGUCUCCCGCCGUUGCAUAGGCCAUUGAUGGGACCAAAUGUGCCCAUGGCUGGCCCCAAUUCAAUGCCGCAGAAACCUAGAACUGAAGAGGAUGACAUGAAGGAUCUCGAGGCUUUGUUGAGCAAGAAGUCUUUUAGAGAAUUGCAGAAGUCAAAGACUGGCGAGGAGCUUUUGGACCUCAUUCACCGGCCAACUGCCAGGGAAACUGCUGUGGCAGCAAAGUUUAAAACUAAAGGUGGUUCACAACUGAAGGAAUACUGCUCAUCCUUAACAAAAGAGGACUGCCGGCGUCAAUCUGGCUCUUUUAUUGCAUGUGAAAAGGUUCAUUUUCGGCGAAUAAUUGCUCCUCAUACUGACAUCAAUCUUGGUGAUUGCUCCUUUCUUGAUACUUGUCGGCACAUGAAGACAUGCAAAUAUGUUCACUACGAGCUUGAUCCAAUUCAAGAUGUGCCACCUAUGGCGAUGGGGGCUGCAUCUAUUACUCCUUCGAAACCACUAAAGCCUCAGCGAGCUGAAUAUUGUUCAGAGGUAGAACUUGGUGAACCACAAUGGAUUAAUUGCGAUAUUCGUAAUUUUAGAAUGGAUAUCUUGGGGCAAUUUGGAGUCAUAAUGGCAGAUCCGCCGUGGGACAUCCAUAUGGAAUUGCCUUAUGGGACAAUGGCUGAUGAUGAAAUGCGAAAUCUUAAUGUUCCUGCACUACAGACUGAUGGUCUGAUUUUUCUUUGGGUCACUGGUCGUGCAAUGGAACUCGGAAGAGAAUGUUUAGAACUAUGGGGAUACAAGCGUGUUGAGGAGCUAAUUUGGGUUAAGACUAAUCAACUUCAAAGAAUUAUUAGAACAGGGCGGACAGGCCAUUGGCUCAAUCACAGUAAGGAGCAUUGCCUUGUUGGGAUAAAGGGAAAUCCAGAAGUUAAUAGGAACAUUGAUACAGAUGUUGUUGUUGCUGAGGUUCGAGAAACGAGCCGUAAACCAGAUGAGAUGUACCCUUUGCUUGAGAGGAUAAGUCCGAGGACAAGAAAGCUAGAAUUGUUUGCUCGCAUGCACAACACUCAUGCAGGGUGGAUAUCUCUUGGUAACCAACUGAAUGGAGCGCGGUUGGUGGACGAAGGGCUAAGAGCAAGGUUCAAGGCGGCAUACCCAAAUGUGGAGGUCCAGCCAGCGUCCCCUCCAAGGGCUUCAAUGGAGAUAGAUUCUGGGGCUGCUGCUCAACUCAGGAGUCCCUUUGCAGUAACAGAAUCAAAGCCCCCAGCUGGUCCUUAUGGGGGGGACCCUACGAUUCCAGAGGUCCCAUAUGGAGCAGGUACCCCAGAUAAAGCAAUUGCAGUAGGAGAAUCACUUUAGUCUUUGCCUUUGUUCUGUAUCCUUUUGUGUUAGUUUUACUUGCGUUUGUAUGUUUCAAUAUUUUGAUAUAUGCAGUAGUGUAGGUCAAAUGAGCAAAAGUAGUUGUCAGUCAACUCAAUUUUGUAUAAGAUAUAAGAGAAUUUAUUGUUCCUUUUUUUUCUUUUUAAAGAAAAAGGAUGAGGUAAUCCACCUUUAGUUGGCCAAGGGGUCAUUGGGAGAACAAAAGGAAUGGUGAAGGAAUUUGAAGAUUACGAUCCGUUCAAACUUCAUGGUGGUCAUUUAAAAUAUCAAGAUCAAGUUUUACUAA